AUGGAACACAGACAAGACACGUCCGCCGAAAUAUCCGAACUGAAACACACCAUCACCCGACUGAAGAUCCAAAUCGAGGACCUCGACCGCUACCUCGGCGCGAUUCGGAAAGAGCUCGGGUUCUACAAGACCAUGGUGGAGGACUGCAGGAACGUGUUCGAGAAAUACCCAGACCCGGAGAGGGAGGAGAAACGCACGAGUGAGAGCGAGGGUGGCGGGGGGAUGUCAGCGGCGGUGGGGGGGUUGAAGAUAAGUGAUGAUUGA